GGCUGCUUUGGAGGCCGUUAGCUGCGCAUGCGUACUGAGCGUUGCGAGGCCCUGAGGCAGCGGUGAGCGGUCGUCUCUCUCGCCACUCCCGGCUGCGGCCCCGCCUCCCUGCUGCUGAGUUCUCCAAAUAACGUGGUCUUCAUGAGCUUGGGAGUCGCAUCUCUCGCGCCCUGUUCCGAAGGGCUUUGGCUUAGCCCCCAAGCCUUCCCGACGUUUCCCUCCCAGCCCUGCCCCCGCAGGCUCUUCCAGCUCCGCGCUCUCCCCCUCGGAAACACGCGGCCCGCCCCUCACAGCCCGCGGCGUCCCAGUUCCGAGCUUCCGUGCCGGCCGUCCCGACCUCCCGCAGGCUCCCCGAGGGUGCGUGCGUCCUGACGACCCCCGGCCCCCGCCGAGCUUGGGGACGAGCUUCUCUGCAGCGCCUUCUCACCAGGCACCUCGCGAUUUCUGCCAAGCAUGCCGCUCUCCGCUCCCCGGAGCCCCGUCCACCACAGCAACCAGACCACAACAGUGAGCCUGGAGCACCAAAGACAAAGCAGAGACUCGGUCAGGAGCCUGUCCACAGUGUCCACGAUGCCUGUGGGAGCCCCAACAGGGAGCAGCCGCUCGGAGGAUGGAAGUGAGGUCUUUGUGGAGGGACUCGUGGAGUGGGAGCUGAGCAGAUUGCAGCGACAGUGCAAAGUGAUGGAGGGCGAGAGGCGGGCCUACAGCAAGGGAGUCUACCAGCGCAUCAACAAACAACUUGGGGAGAUCCAGCACCUGCAGGAAGAGCGGGACCUACUUCAGAAGCAGAUCAGUGUGGCCCAGGGCCAGGUCAAACGGCUGCGGGACAGAGAGAGGCUGAAGAACAUGGCUCACCUGCUGAAGUGCCGUACCCAAGUGCAGGCAGAAAUUGAUGAGGUGCAGGAGCAGAUCAGCACCCUGGACAAGGAGAUUCAGGAAAUGGAGACCCGGAUCUCAACUCAAGGUAAGGAUGUCAGAAACCCAGGAUUCUUCCUGGAUCAGAAGGUCAAGAUCCGGAGAAAGAUCAAGAUUCUAGAAGACCAGUUGGACAGGGUCACCUGUCGCUUUGACAUCCAGCUGGUUCGGAAUUCUGCUCUUCGGGAGGAGCUGGACCUCCUGCGGAUCGAGAGGAACCGCUAUCUGAAUGUGCACAGCAAGUUGCAGAAGAAGAUCCAGCUCUUGCACCAGAUGGUUAGCAAGAUCAUGGUCUCUUCCACUGCAGCCUAUGCCAUCAGAGAGGAGGCAAAGACCAAGAUGGGGAUGCUGCGGGAGAGGGCGGACAAGGAGGUGACCCAGAAUGAGAUGGAGGGGCAGACCCUGCAGCGCCGCAUAGCACACCUGGAGCAGCUGCACUGCUUCCUCAAGCUCAAGAACCACGACCGGCAGCCAGAUCCUGAGGUCUUGGAGAAGCGCCAGAGGCAAGCCCAAGAGGUGGCCCAGGGUCUCCGAAAGACCUCCCAGGAGAGGCUGGUGCUGCGCUACGAGGACACCCUGAAUAAACUGUCCCAGCUGACAGGGGAGAGUGACCUGGACCUGCUGGUGGACAAGUACCUGGAGAGGGAGGAGCGCAACUUCACAGAAUUCAACUUCAUCAAUGAGCAGAACUCCAACCUGGAGUAUCUUCGGGAGGAGAUCAAGGAGAUCCAGGAGGCCCUGGUGAGAGGGCGUGCGGAUGAGAAUAAGAGGCGCUUGCUGCAAGAGCAGUAUGAAUUAGAAAUGCAGCAGCAGGCAGACAAGGUGCGUGAGGAGGCCGAGUUCAUCAAGACUCGCUUUCAGGACUUUCGGGGGAAGCUGGAGAAGCUCAAAGCCGACAUCCAGAAACUCUUCACUACGGCCCAGUGUGACAGCAGCAGCAUCAAGGAUCUCCUCGGAAUCAAGAACUUCAUGCGAGACCGAGAUAUAACCCUUUUCCUAGGCCUCAUUGAGCAGCGGCUAGUAGACCUCCUCACAGUGCGGGCCUUCAUUGAUACCCAGAACUACAGCACCGAGAACAGCCUGGAGCGGGCGGCCCUCACGGUGCUGGGCCAGAGCUUUGAGGAACAGCCUAAGAAGAUGGCCUACCCACGGCCCCCGAGCAACCUGGAAGAACACCUUGGAUUUGAAGCCAAGGAUGACUACCCCUUGAGCAAGGAGGAGCUGCUGGGACAAGUGGAGAAGGCGCUGGAGGCCCGGGAGCAGCAGAAGCAGAUGGCUGAGAACCUGAAGAAGGGGGACAGUGUCUCAAGUCUCACCGGUAGCCGCCUGGGCUCUGGCACGCCCAUGCUGGGCAGCAGGAAUCCCAGUAAUAAUAUCCCCGGGUCCAUCUUGAGCCACAGGACUAGCAUCAUGCCGGCGUCCAGUGGAGGCCAUGCCACCACCUCCAAUGUUGGUCAUGUCACCUUUGGUGACCAAAGUGACAGACCGAUGUCCAGUCGCAGCUCCAUGGGGGGCCAUGUGACCUUCAGAGACCCCAACUCUAGUAGCAACCUGGGGUCCACUGGAUACUUGGAGUCCAGCAGAGGCCAGGAAAGCCUCGGUGUCUCAGAGAGUAGAGGUGCGGCGUCAGAAUCAAGUGGCACCCCAGAGUCCAGCAAAGGUCCCGCCUCCAGCACCGGCCCGGACUCCACCACCAGCAAGGACUCCCAGAGCAACAGCUAGUAGCUUUGGCCCCACCUGGCUCUUGGUAGAGCCCCUCUCCUAUGUCUCCAUCUCCCUGUUUCCCCAGUGGUUCUGUUUCUCUCCCAGUUCUGGCCUCUUUGGGCCCCUACAUGUGCCUCCACUUCCCCUUCCUGGUGUCCCGGGACUCUGUCGUCACCUCUCGUUUCUGUCUCCCUGUCUCCAGCACUCUUGGUUUCCUGUUCAGUGGGCUGAACACAAUCUCUCUCCCAGUCUCUGUUCCCUCCUCCCCAGCUGCCCCCAUCUCUUGCUUCCCUUCUUCUAACUGUCUCUCCUCAUCUCCAUCUCCCAGGCUCUUCCUGCAUCUCAUGUCCCUGUCCCUUUAGCUCCUCACUCUCCAUGGUCCCCCAGAGCCCCCACUACUGACCAAUGUCAGGGUCAGCCUGAGUGUGACCUAAGGAAAUAAAAGUCAGAACCUGGCUUUGGCCCCCACCUAGUGACGAGUAUAUAUUUGAGAGUAAGCUUUAGACAUGGCUGUUUGCUUUACCUCCAGCCUAGGGGAAAUGAAUGAUCCUGUUCCCUCCCUCCCAUUCAGUCUCUUGUUUUUUGGAGACCUGUGCUUUUCAGACUCUUCUGAUGGAUAGACUGCGUUAUGCUGCAGUAACAAAUGCCCCAGCAUCUCAGAGGCCUAACUCCAUAAUGGUUAAUUACUUGCCGCUCUUAAGGGUUUCUUAAGGGUCAGCUAAAAACUCUGCUUGCCACUAUUCCUGUGACAGCCCAGCCUGACAGCCUGGCUCUGGAGCGUUUUUAUUUCCCCACCCCACCAUCCAUUUUCUCCUUAUACCUUUUUCCCACCCUGCCUUAACCCCAGAGCCCCCACAUUGUUCGUUAACAUCUGUUCGUUUUUGUAUUUUGCUUUGUCAAAUUGUUCGCUAUGUAAAUGGAGUGUUGCCCAUCUCUUUGGCACUGGAAAGAGAGGAAAUGGCGAUGCAGGGGUGAUGCUUAAAGCUUCAGCCUGCAUACUGUGAACAUUACCGCUGCUCUCAGUGAUUGGCCAGAGCAGGUCUUCUAACCAAGCCUGACUUCAGAGGGCCAAGGGGAGGGCAAGCUUUCCAUGUGUCUGCGAGGACAGUGGGAGGGAGUAUUUGUGGCUGGCCCUGCUGCCUGCCAUCUGGUCACAGACAUGAAGCACAU